UUGUCGAAGACCAAACUCCUUUAAGAAGCGGCGCCUGUCCACGGCAAGAUGGCUCCUUAUAUGAAGACACAGAGGUUUGGAAUGAGUAACUGGCGCCCGGAAGUGACGUUGCGAAGCCAAGUCGCGCGACGAGAUGAACCGUUAUUGGUCUAGACGGCAAAAGAAGACAUCUCAGAAUACAACCUCUACCUGAAUGUUUUAAGGGUUUCCACUUUCCAGUCCUGUAAUUACUAUGCUGGGCAGGUGAUGACGGUCACAAAACAGUGCAGACACCUACAGACGUGGACUCCACAAGUGUAUGGUUGGCUCCCAGAGAGGCACACCCUACGCCAGACAUCCUGACCAUGACUGCUCCCUGAGGUACAAGGCUAACGUCUGUCAGGAACAAUUCUGAGAACUACAUUGGUGCCAGGUAAAGAAAAGAAGAACUUGUGCAGGGGAGUGUAAAGACAAGUUUCCAAGGGGAGGACUGACACACCACAAGAUCGGAUGCUCCAGGGGUCCCAAGCCUUGUUAUCAUAAGGGGUCCCAGACAUAACGGGCCCAAGUAGUCCAGCAAAGUUUGUUAUCAGUUACUGGACACUGUUCUAAAAAGUGGCCAGCGCCCAUGCUGCCUGAUCUUAAAAUAGCAGCCAAGGAGCGGAACAGGAGAACGUCAGGAGAUCACAAGCCUAGAACCUAAACUCCAGCAUGGACCCUAGAGCGGCGCCGGACCAGAGGAGCACAUCAAGAUGGGGGAGACACAGAUCUACAGCCAGCGCUUGCAUGGAAUUACUGAAAAGCGCAGGAUCCUGGAUGAGGUGGACAGGAUACAGAGGGACCUGGAACUUCAAAAACUGAAACUGCAGCAACUAAAGAGGAAGUCUCUGCGGGAUCGAUGGCUGAUGGACGGCCUGGUUCCUUCUCCAGGUGCAGAAAUAGAAAAUCCUCUAAAUGACACAGAAGUAAAAAUAAAGACACUGGAACAUGAGCUGGAAAGCCUCCAGUUACAGCUGCUUUAUUUGGAAAAUCCAGAAUUGAAAAUUGCAAACUUGAAGAAACACCAGGCACCUGACCCCCACAGACAGGUCAUGAAUGGUGACCCAAGUCAACAGAUCUCUGACCAGAAAGACCCAACCCCUGAAAAGAGAGAAACACAAAAAGAACACAAAGUCAUAAAAGAGGAAGACAUGCAACCUAAUGGAGAAGACGAAAAACAGGGAGAAGGUGUUGAACCCUCCCAAAAAGAUCCUGCACCAAUAAAGGUUGUUGUGGUAGGGCAUCCCAUACCAGCUCCUCGAGGAAAAAAAGUGGAGAAGAAUCAAGACCACACAUCUCCAGAUCAUAGGCAUCAUAAUGUGGAUCAGGGAAAUAAAGAAGAGCAUGACAAGAAGACACAAGAUAAGGAAAAUCUGAAUUUCAAUCAUAAACCUCAGGAUGACAGGUUCGAGAAUCUGGGACCAAAUGAGCAGCUCGAAGAUGAAAGCCAUGACCAUGACCAGGUCCAUGGUUAUACAGACCAACCAUCAAACCAGAAUUCUGAAUGUCUAGAAAAGAGACUGGAGCUUGAGGAGGAAAACUUGGAACAUCUCACUAAAGGACUAGAACGUAUAGAUCUUAGCUUCAGUGAGGAAGGGUCCAAGGUGGAUGUCUCACAACCAAGUCUAUCAAAUGAGGACAUAAGGAAUGAUUUGGACAAUCAGUAUAAUGUGGUCAAGGUAAUUCUGCUUGAGAAAAGUGACCAAGAUGAGAGUAAAACGCAACCAUCUCCAGUUAUGGUGAAACAGCCUGAAGACCAAGGAGAAUCAUUGGUGAGGGACAACAAUAACCAGGAUGUAGAAGAGAAGCUGGUGUUAGUAUCUGUAUCAGUUAUACAAGAUCAGAAUGAAGAGGUUAUAUUACCAGUUAUAUAUCAAGACCAAAAUGAAGAAUCUGCACUUCCAAGAUGCCAAGAGGAACCUGUUGACCCCAUGCCCGUAUUGAUAAGUCAUAACAAAGACCAAGAUUGGGAGUCAACCUCAUUUCCUGCACAUCAAAGCCUAGUACUACUGUCCUCCGAACAGGAACAGAGUCCAAAACUGCCAUGUAAAGAUCCAAGCCCAUCACUGCCAUGUGUGGCCCCAGUUAGUCAAGUUCAAAUAUCCCAGGUUGUAGUUAUAUCCACCUCUGGACACACAUCUUCUGAAGAACCUGCCCAGCCCUCUUCAGGCUCUCAACCGAGUCCAUCAACUGAUCUCCGAAAUCAUCCUGCUACAACAGAAGCAAACACUCCUGCAGAAAACCAGCCGCUGUUGCGCAAACCCGCAGAGACUGAUGACCAGUCGGGCCCCCAUGGGACCAACACAGCAGAGACACGUGAUAAGAACCCUACCGGGAAAAAGAAGAGUUGUCAGUGCUGUGUGGUCAUGUGAGAAACAGGACGCUACCGAAAAAGAAAUCAAGAGUUCCCAAGUGCAAAAUUCAUCUCUGGUUUGAAAUGAAAAUUUGUGUAAUGUAGGUCACCAGAGAAGACACCAUUUAUAGUAAAUUCUCGGCACUAGCGUCAUUGAAAUAUGGGCUAUGACUACCCAGUUACAAACCAGAAAUGUAUGUAGUAUAUCGGUGUACACGUCACCAGCACACAGUGGGUGCAGCCAUUUUGUAGGCUUGGACCAUCACUCCUGGAAGGGAAGAGGGCAAAAUGCUCAGGAAAAUUGAUACAAUCCACAAAAUGUCUGCUGCCUCCGCUGUGCCCAGGCAACGUUCGCACUUUAUUUUAAUGACAUUUUUUUGAAGACAUAAAUAGUAGAUAAUGAAAAGGAAAUAUGUUAAUAAUUGUAUGAAUUUAUUAUGAAUAAAACAGAACCUGUAUUUUUCA